AUGAAAGACCUUUGCUGCGACUGGAGUGGAAAGAACUACUAUAAGGCCCUCUCAGCGGCGAAGCACCACUUCGGGUCCGAGUACACUGCUCAUCCUGCCACCCGGGCCGCCCACGACCGUUCGCUGAUCCAGUUCCUCUGCGUGGUGGCUAGCGCCCUUCUCUACGCUCCUUCAAACUUCACCAUAAGCUUGACGAGCCUCGCCAGGUCUACGACAAGCGCCCCUCCCCCACUCUCGGGACGACCGCGUUCUCCGUCUGCAUGGCGGCCCAUCCGCAAUGUGUGCGGGCUAAACACAAACGCCUAUCACGAGGGCCUUGUGGUGGAUGCAUGCAAGACAUUCCUCUCGGCAGCCAGGCGCCAGCAGUUGUUUGCGAUGCCUGAUGCGCUGGUUGCGGCGGUUCAGCCUGAUGUGGAGGCGGCGAAGGCGAUUCUAAAAAUGAAGGUGGAGGGCGUGCGCGCCGGGGACAUCAAGGAGCUGGCAGCUCCAAAGGUGCUAGACGAGCACACCAAGCUGGAGUAUCAAGAGCGGGCAUCCUUGCAAGCGCACAUCCUGACGGCGGCCAAGGGCUAUCAACUCUCCCGCAAGACCCCCAGCCUCACCACCGCAAACCCGUCGUGUUGCUGUUGGUGGAUGUGGUGUUGUGGGUGCGCUUGGGGGUUUGCGGAGGCAAACACCGCGCUCAGCACGAGUGGAGCAUUGCAAUCAUUGAGGACGGUGCGACGGGCGGGACCCGGAACGCAGCUGCAGGGAAGACUGCGCAACCUGCUCCAUAGCUAG